AUGGAAUCCACUCAUGAUGGAAGUAUGAGUCAGGAUGCAGUGUCCCUGAACAACGGCUCCUAUGACGAGAGCAAUCGAGAACUGCGCUCCGAAACUCCCCCGACCCAACAUCGUCGGGGAUACCAGGCCUGUGAUCCGUGUCGCAAACGAAAAGUCAAAUGCGACUUGGGAAGUGUCGAUAAUCCCCGACCGCCGCCAUGUGUAAGAUGCCGCCGUGAAAGUAAGCGGUGCGAGUUCUCCGCCACCAGGAGAAAGCGCAAGACUUCCGAUGCCGAACCGGAGCAAGAAACCCCAUUACGGCGCGACAAGCGUAUGAUGGUGGGGGAAGUGUUAUAUGGAGAGUCAUCAUCAAGUAUAGGCAGCAACGGCAAGAGGGAGCCCUCCUACGGCCCUACGGCACCAGCACCUUUCGACAACGGGAACCUGCACAAAUACGCAUGGCCAGAGAACUCGCCUCAUACCGUCUCGCAGGCAUCACCUAUUAUCCAGAAAGAUCACCACCAGCAUAGCCCCGUCUCAGCGAGCCACUAUCACGACGGAAGGGGUAUACAAUCCAGUGCGUAUCAGGCACAACACAGUCGAGGGCCACCAGGGUCCGAAAUAAGACAACAUGUCAUGAAUAAGACCGCCGCAGACUUGCUGUUUCCAACUAUCAGUAACAGUCACGAUGCGCUCCAUCUGCUAUCAGAAGCUGCUGGGCGAACGGAAGAUCUCAACCGCCAACGCCUCGAGAAUAAAGCACGACAGUCGGCGGGCUCCUACGGCGCCCAUAUGUCGGCAACCUCGUCGACGAUGCCUAGAAAUCCACACCACCCAUACCCGAAACGAUCACACCAAAUGUCAGCAGAUGGGUAUAGCGACACCAGCGCUGAUUACCGGAAGCAGAAUUUUGAGACGUAUAAUGACCCUGGCUAUUUGGAUGCCGUCAAGGCGUGGUCACGUCUUCGAUUUGUUCGGGCCGGAUGGCUAAGCGUUGAAGAGGCAAUGGCUUAUAUUGCUUACUAUUAUAAACAUCUCGCACCAUUGAGUCCAAUUGUGAUUCCCGACUUUUCACCUCCUUCUACUCACCGCACAUUGCUCACAGAUGAGCCUGUACUGGCAGUGACUAUGUUAACGACUGCUUCCCGCUAUAUGAAACCUAAGGGUGACGGAGCUCACACUCGAGGGUACUAUAUACAUGACAGGCUCUGGGCCUAUCUUCGCGGUAUGAUCGAACGUCUCUUCUGGGGUCAGGAGAAGUUCACCGGAAACUCAGUAGGAAUGGGUACGCCUCGAUCUCUCGACAUACCCCUACCGGCUCAAGGCCAAGCAUCGCUUCGUGGACAUCUUCGAUCUUUAGGCACUGUUGAGGCACUCUUGAUUUUAACAGACUGGCAUCCGCGUAACCUGCAUUUUCCUCCCGGUGAUGAUGAGAACACUCUGCUAGACGCAGAUGCACUCUUGCCUUCUCGAAACGAUGGUGAUAGCGAUAGCCGAGGUCCAAGUGGUGGUGGUGUCGAAGGACGGUUUGCUUUUCAGAAAUGGCUAGAGCCCACAUGGCGUUCAGAUCGUAUGUCGUGGAUGUUGCUGAGUACUGCACAAGCCUUGGCAUUCGAACUCGGCGUGUUCGAUCGAAAGGCCCCUAGCGCUCUGGAGUCCGUUGCCGAACAAGUGCGCAAGCGCCGGGUGCGGCGGCUCAUCAUCGUGUACAUCACGCAAGGAAGCGGGAGACUUGGUAUUCCAUCAAUGCUGCCGCUUGAUAGGUGGAGCGAUGAUAUCGAACCAACCACACCUGCUGAUGCUACAGAAGCAGAGAUUGCAAUUGAUCGAAUGCAAGAUCUGUGGGUGCAGAUAUCCAAGAUUAUGUCAUUGAGCAAUACGGAUCUCUUCCCGUCCAAAGAAUAUACGUCUGAACUUAUCAAGACCGGGCGAUAUAAGCAACAAAUUGCUGAGUUCUUACCACACCUGCAAAAGUUCAGGGCAUAUUAUGAUAGUGUUUCUUUAUCCCCUCAGAUGCAAAAUAUUCUAACAAUUGAAUAUGAAUAUACUCGCAUCUACGUCAAUUGUCUCGCCUUGCAAGCAGUGGUGGAACGAUGGACUACCAUCAACAAUGAACCUUCAAGUAAAUCAUCAGCGGCGAGCUCUCUUCGCGUACUUAUGGAGAUCUAUCGAGUCAAUGAAAAAUACAUCCAGGAGGUGGUCGAUGCUUCGCGGAAGAUACUCCAUAUUGUCUUGGAUUGUCUUGUUCCAGACGAGCAAUUGAAGCACUGCCCUGUACGAACGUUCUUCAGGAUACUCUCGGCAAUGAUCUUUAUUCUAAAGACUUUCACACUUGGUGCCACGGAAGAUGAUGUCCGUGUAUCAUUAGACCUGCAAGAUCGAACCAUAGAAGCCCUACGAACCUGUGUCGUGGACGACGUCCAUCUCAGCAACACCAUCUCCCGACUACUGGAACUUUUAACAGCAAACAUCCGUACCAGAUUCCUGCGAUUUGCGCCAACGGAUCGGGGUGCAGAUGGCGACAGCCACGAACGGAGCUCUCAGCCAAGCUCACGAGUAGCCUCACCUCGACCGACAAAAGAUAAUAACUCCACACGCAGAGAUUCGGGGGCGCACUGGCAGCAUCAAAUUCCAACACCAACCCACAAUAAGCUUGGGUAUCAAUUCAAUCAAGGCGCAGGAGAAUCACAACAGCAGCAUCCCGUCGGCAGCCAUCAUGAUCCCCUAGCCGGCAUUCCAGCUCAACCAAUCAACUCGUCUAACAUCGGCGUAUCAUUCAUGCCCCCUCCUCCCUCGGUAUACUACAAUUACUACGGUGCCAAUGGGCCCUCCCCCCCGAAGCUCGACGACUCAAACUCAAUCGCACAAUCUGUCCACGAAGGCGGCCUUCCGGAUUGGUUUGCGCUGCCUUUGGACCAAUUCUUCAACAGUUCUGCUACCGGAGUGGAUCAGGGUCUGGGGGGUACCGGUCCCAUGCUUGGAGAAUUUGAUAUGCUAGAAGUUUUGCUCAACGAACAACUGGACAAGGACGGUAAUGUUGGUGGUCCUUCUGCGGGUAAUGGCGUGGAGAAUAUGGACGGGGCUCCUACGCCGAGGAAUCAGCAUCAACAUCAUCCGUUUAUGUGA